AGGAGUCAGGUGGCGCCAUGUUCCAGGGGCAGCGUGGUUGGUUCUGCGGCAGUGUCAGUCAGGACCUGAGGCAAAUCUGGGAGGACGAAGGCGGGAUGGUCAGCGACGUGAAGGCCGCCGACUUCCUGUUUAGCUGUGAUGCCUCGCACCCUGACACGCUGAGAAUAUAUCAGAGCCUCGAGUACAUAGAAGAUAAUGCUACAGUUUUUCAUGCCUACUAUCUUGCUGCAAUAGCUAAUACUGAAAUGAAAAAUUCAGUGGCCUUAGGCCAUUUUGUUCUUCCUCCUGCAUGUCUGCAAAAAGAAAUACGAAGAAAAAUUGGUAGUUUUAUUUGGGAACAAGAUGAAAAAUUUCAGAUAGAAAAGCAUGACAGAAUGGCAUCAAGUGAUAAGGAGAACAUUAGACCAACACCAGAACACAAACAAGAACUGUCCAAAAGUGCAGAGCAUCAUCUCACAAGGACUCCGGUUAUAGAGAAGCAGAUGUGCUUCCCGCUCCAUAGUUAUCCAGUGAACAACAUGGUGACAGGCUAUAUAUCAAUUGAUGCCUUGGAGAAAUUCCUUGGAGAAUUACAUGACUUCACUCCUGGUAGCUCAGGAUAUUUGGCAUAUCAUAUUCAAGAUGAAAUUAAUAUGUCUGCUAUAAAAAACAAAUUAAGAAGGAAACUAAGUUAAGCUGUACUUACAUCUGGACACUUGCUUUUUUUUAUAAAAUAGUAUGAUGUGUAUAAUUUAAACGUGAAAGGAGAAAGAAUUAUUUUCUUUCUUAAUAUGUGUCCUGAGAAAACUUAGAAUCAUUUGACCACUGAAUUUUGUGACAUAUUCAUAAGUUGUGAGUUAUUGUCAUCCAAAUACACUUAAAACAACUCUGUCAAAGGUUCCUUGAUUUUGACUUUAAUAUUGUAUAUAUUUUUCUAGGUUCAAUAUUGAAAUGCUAGCCUUUAUUGUGCUGUUGGGUUAUUUUGAUUUAAAAUAAACUAGGAGACUAUACUUGAACUGUAAAUGUUUAUUUCUGAAACAUAGUGAGUCAGGUGCCUGACAAUCCCGUGGUGAAGCUUGAGGCCAGCACCAGGGCUUAUGAGGAAAUGAAGCCCUUGUGAGGUGUCUUGCCAGAGUGACUAAAUGAGGCACAACCCAAUCUGGAAUGUGACUUUCCUGAUUUUCCAAGCUGGUUUUCCUGUAUGGCCAUGCUGGAGCCUCUGUAUCAGGAUCUGUGUAUCGCAUGUGUUACUCAAGCUGACCUCUAGCUCCAAGUAAAGUUCUCACCUCAAUGCAUUCCAAAUCAACUGAAACUGUAGCUGUGUGCUUCUGGAGCUAGCUUUGUGUCUUACAUAAAUCUAGAAAUGUGGCGAUCUCAAGAAGGCAGUUUUGCUGGGUUUGGUACUGACCUGUAAUUUUAGGUACUUGGAUGACUGAGGCAGGAGCAUAGAAAGCCCUAGCCAGCCUGGGCAACUUCCUAAGUCCCUGUCUCAGAGUUAAAAGUUAGAAGAGGCCAGUUACAAAGCCUCUAUACAGCGUGUAGAAGGUCCUGUGUUCAAGCCCAUGAAACCACUUCUUUACUUAGAGUUUGGUGGGCUAAUUACUUUCUGUAGACAUAAGUGGAAUUCUUUUGAAGAUGUCUACUUAGACCUGCUUGUUCUUCUGGCGGGCAUAGAAUUAUCUAAAGAAAAUGUUUUUGUCUUGUGUGUGGGUUAUUUGGAUGCGUGUGAGCCUCAGCUCUACCUUUUCCCUACAACUCAAACUUCAGAACAUAAAAUUGUAACACAAAUCUCAGCCUCAGUGCUUGAGAAUUAUUUUUUUUGUCUGUGUGUUAGUUUUUCCUUAUUUAUUUUUGUGUCUGUGGUUAAGUCCUUCUGAACUUAUAAAUAAAAAAAAUCUGAUAAUUAUCUUUUCCUGAAACAUUAAAUAUUGUCUCUUCCUGAACACUUUAUCUUAGUCAUGUUCUAUUGAUUAGGUUUUACAUAGAAACCAAGCCUACCUGUAGAUUUAAAAUUAAUAAUUAAAAGUAUUACGUAAGUUUACACUAAGUUGUUUACAUUGGUAUUAUUUUAAGAGUAUUUAAUGUUUCUCCAACAUGUACAUGGAUUAACAUAGUGAAUAAAAACCUCCAAC